ACCGAAUCAGGGUUAAAACGUUACACACCGGCAACUAACCAAUAACUCGAUUGGACGUUUGUCUUAUAAGUUUCAGUUUCGUAUACGAAGAUUGUGAAAUCAUUUGUAUUUUAACGUUCAUGGUUGUUUUUUCUCGUUGAUUAUAUAUCCCCUAAAUAUUCGCCAUGAGCUGUAAUUUUAACGGCCAAAGGAGCAAAGAUGAGGAACUUGCCAUUAUGUUUUCAGAAGCGAUGGAUUGGCAAAGUGUUGCGACAAACUCUUCAGAAGAAGUUGUUAUUUACCCUGUCAAUGGAGGACACCGAUCUGGUAGCUCCCAGAUCAAAGUUAAAAACAUAGUUGAUUCGGCUUGGGAUAAAUCAUUUCAUUGGGGAAACCUGGUUGCCACUCACUUCAAGGGUCAAUAUUUUGCAUAUGCCCUGACAGUUCCUGGUAAAUCGGCUGGCAUGGUCCGUGUGAUAAGAAAUGGUAGCACUGAUCGGAUCCUAUUGAAGGGUUUUCGUGGUUUUGUUAGAGAUCUUUCAUUUGCUUUCCAUGAAAAGAGAAUACUUGUGGCAGCUGUGGAUGAAUGUGGUUACCUGCUUGUGCAUGAAAUUGUUGGAUCAACUGCUCAAUUAAUUUUGCAAGUUAACCCUGAUGGAGUUUCAACUCCCAGUGAUUGUCAUCGAGUAGUCUGGUGUCCAUAUGUUCCAGAAAAUCCCAAAAGUCCUGACGAAGCCAAUGACGGUUGGCGAAAUGAUGCCGAUGAUCAUGCAUUGUUGCUUGCCUCAUCACAUGACUGCCGUGUGGAAAUAUGGCAUCUGGGUCACAUCAAUGGCACAGUCACUUAUCCCACUGUGACAACUGGAGCUACCCAAAUUACUUCUUUUGAUGAUGCUGUGGUUGAUAUCGCAUUUUCCCCAGACUCAACUGCGCUUGCAGUCGCCAGCCUUGAUGGCUAUGUCAGAUUCUUUUUGGUGAAUACGAAAAAAGAGGACCCUAAAAGUCUGCACAAAUGGCAACCCCAUGAAGGCAAAAGGCUCUCGGGUAUCAUAUUUUUGGAUAAUUUAAGCCAUCCAAACAUACGAGAGUGUCCAUUGUGGAAAUGGGCCGUUACAUCUGCCGAAAACAAUACCGAAUUCAAACUAUGGUCUUGCGAGCUAUGGAAAUGUCAUCAGACCAUCCGUUUUAAGUCGGAUGAUAACACACCCAUUGUCCAAAAAAUGACACUGGACUUGUCAGCAUCCUACCUUGUGAUAUCUGAUAUUCACCGCAAAGCCCUUUACGUGAUGCAUAUAGAACAGGAACAAGACGAAAAACAUACAUUGUUUGAUGACGGUGGUGAUGAAUCACUUAAAGCUGAAGUACCGAUCGUCUCUAAAGUGAGCAGCAUCACUCAACUCUUGCUACCAUUUUCGGCUAUUAGCGUUGCCAUUCGUGAGGCCUCCGUGAGACCACCUUCUCAGCCCAUGGGCGAUGAAGAUUUCGAUGGAGACGAAAAGGCUAGUAAAGUGGUAGUGAAGAUGUUAAUCGUGCAACCCAAGUCGUUGCAAAAAUGCAAAGCCGUUUUCGAAUUGGGUACCUCAGUCCCUUUGGGUGAAGGCAUUGGAACUUCUUUUUCCACGAUCAACACAACGUCAGAGUACGAACCUGUAAAUGUAGUUAAAACAGCAGCAUCUACCACCAAUCAUAUCAACCUGUUGACUCCUGAUGCCUUCGUUUCGCCGGCCAAAACAAACACGGACUCGCAAAAGCAAUCAUUAGUGACAUCACCAGUCACAGUGAGUCCUUUACCGCCUGCACCCAACGAAAUUUUGGCGCUGUCGAGUCCACGCCGACCGACACCCGAGGUCACCUCCUCCACUACACCAAAACGGAAUGGUGUCCCCAGUGGGGGUAGCAGUCCCAGCCGUGAAGUUGAAGAAAUCUUGGGCACAAGACCUCUGACAGAAGGCUCCAUUGAGUCGCCUGAUACUUCUUCGGCCACUGUCCCUACCGGCCCGGCCCUUCAGGAAGCCUUAUCGGCCUAUCCAAUUGCUUUAUCACCGGCUUUGGUGCGUACAGCCUCUGCCAAUAGCAAAGGAUCAUCCCCCGUAAUGGAUAAACAUAAUGCACCAUCUGUUCAGGAACCGCUAUGCACUUACCCCACUUCCGCUGUUGCCGCUCCUCCUACUCCCUCUUCCGUAUCUGCGGAUUUAAACGGCAGUUUGCUGGAACUGUUUAAAGAAGCUCUUGUCGUUGAACCCCAGGCUUCGACAGCGCAAGCCACAUGGCCAUCCGUUCUUCCACCGCUGGGCAUUCAGCCAUUGCAACGGCCCAAAGAGCCAGCAGCACGUGAGACGGAUGCUGGAAGCUCUGCUCAAUUGCAAAUGAUGCAGCAAUCGCUCGAUCAGUUGGUUCAAUUAGUAUCCGCUCAGCGAGCCGAACAGCAGCAAUUGAAGAACGAAAUAGCUGAAUUAAAAUCCGAAAUGACGCGGAUGCAAUCACCGGCAACUGUCCAGCCGCCCUGGAUCUCCCAGAUGGAGUCUACACUUGCAGUUUAUUUCGACAGGCAAUUGAAAAAAUUGGAUGAAAUUAAUUCUCCGUCCAAAACUCAACAGUCGGUGUCCAAACUCCAGUCUACCAUCCGUUCAGAAUUUGAGAACAAAGCGCACACUUUAGAACAAAGGAGUGUCGAUUUUAUUCGCAAAGAAUUGCAGUCGGUCAUUGCGACCGAGAUGCACAAACUGGAACCUGUGCUGAAAAACACGACCCUUCAAUUACUGACGCAAUUGUCUCAAAACAAAACCAUUGUCGAUGCCUACAGCCAAGCGACGUCGUCGGCAGCCGUAUCGGCCAUGAAUCGCGGAUGCAAAGAGGCUAUUGCAUCUCAGUUGCUUCCUUCGCUGGAGGGCUCGUUCCACAGCCUUUUCACCCAGUUGCACACGACGUUCUCCAAAGGCAUUGCAGAAUUUGUGCGCAAUAUCGAGAGCAACCUGGAACGACAUCGAAGGCUGCAGGACAAAGAGUCGACCGCCCAACUCAACGCUACCAUGGAUAAGAUAGCCGUCGUCCUGGAUCAAGUCCGGCAGUCCAUAUCAACCGAUACAAAAACAGAGUUGAAGAAAAUAUCUCAUGAAUUUCCAGAAAAAGUUCGAAUGCUUUUAACUCCUGUGAUCCAAUCCGAAAUGCAGCUUGCCAUCAAGGAUCAGAAAUUGGCCUUAGACGGAGCCUUGUUGGCAGUUCAUGCGGCACAAAUCCAAUCCCGCGCAGUGACACCCGCAGUUGUAGAACUAACACCAGCUGAACUUCAAAUCCAAUUGAAACACAUGAUUCAUGAGGGACGAUUAUUCGAAGCUUUUCAAAGGGCACUCUACAUGAAUGACUUGAGCAUGGUGAUGUUUGUUUGCGCUCGGGUUGAUGCGCAGAAACUCUUUUCUGUUAGUCCAUGUGUCUUUCCGCCACAGAUCUUGUUGGCUUUAAUCCAACAGCUUUCAGCAGAUCUUGGCACAUCUACAGAAUUGAAAUUAGAGUACCUUCAAGAAGCCGUGAUGGCCGUGGAUUUCCGAGAUCCCAUGAUCAAGGAACACUCACCCAAGGUGAUGCCUCAAUUGGUGGCCAACUUGCAGGCGCAGGUGGCGAGCAACCCAAGCGGUCCUUUACAACGUCAAUUGCGUUUGUUAUUGCGCUGCGCAGUUCCAUUGGCCAAACAGGAAUAACAAAAGGAGCCAAAGGAAACAAUAUCUUCAAUGACGUCAACGAAUUGGGUGCGCAUGUCUUUUCUUUUUCUUUUUUACGCGUAUAGAAAUCGGUUCCGUUCAUUUUGCGUUUGUGCGUCCAUCCCUCAUUUUCCAUCGCUGUACAAGCUCAAUUUUUUUUCGCUAGAUAGAACAUAAGAAAACCCAUGCUUUACUUAAAUAGUGGAAAGCAGCAUGGCCGAUCCACGUGACUCUAUUUGUGGGUUCGAUUGCAUUUGGGGGAGUGUAGUCUUAAACCGCUUAUUCCAAUUUUUUUUUUGAUUUAUUAUUCGAUUCUAUUGCCUGCAUUUUUUUCUCCUUUAUCUCUUUGUCCAUCAUCUUGAUUCUCAUUAUUCUUUUUCGCACAACAAAGAAAACAAUUAACUUGGAGGCGAUGCGAUCUUUAAACUGAGAAAGACGUGGAAAUAAUAACAAACAAAAAAAAUACAAGGAAAUUCAAUAAGA